AUGCCAACACCAAUACCAUUAACAAAAGCUAAAAAUCCACCGCCACUGCCACUCAACAUUAAAUCCAUCAACCAUCCAUCACAUCAACCAGCGUCGGCGACACACGCACACACACACACAUCACUCGCGCCGCAUCAUCAGCAAACGACGCAGCAACAUGGUGCCAACACAACAACAACAACGACAACAAUCACAACAACAAGAACGCAUACGCCACAAACUACACAAGCGACCCAGCAGCAGCAGCAACAACACCAUCAACGUACAACGCCAACUACAGCUACAACAACACCGACAAAAAGUACACAACAACAGCAGCAACAUCAAAGACUGACACCUGGUGAUCGCACGAGAGCCGCGGCCACUACAAAAACAACAACAACACCAACAGCAUCAGCGCCAACGUCCCGUGAGCACACACCCACGCGCAGCACACACACACAACAACAUCAACAUCAACAACACAGCCAGUCAUCCUUGCAACGUCAACCAUCGAUAAAUCAACAAAAAUCACAACAACAACAACACGAACAGAGGCGCGACCUCGAUCGCAAAGACUCACAACGCGAACGCGAUCGCGCGAAAGAGCGCGAACAUGAGCGCCAGCGUUCACAUACAGAUGCACGCGAGCGUGAACAUGAGCGCGAGCGCGACCGAGAAAGGGGCCGUGAAUUAGAGCGCGAGCGUGAACGGCAGCGUGAUUAUGCCCACGAACGUGCACGUGAUUACCAACAACACGAUCGUGAGUAUGCUCGUGAACGAGAAUAUGCCGCACGUGAUCGUGAGUAUGAGCGUGAGCGUGAAAUGUCACGUGAUGCACGUGAGCGUGAGUAUGAGCGUGAGAUGUCACGUGAUGCACGUCUCAGUGAGUAUGAGCGCGAGCGUGAACGCGACUACACGCGCGAACGUGAGUAUGAUCGAGAGCGCGACUCCGAGCGUGAACAACCACCGUCAUCAGCACACACAACACAACAACAUCAACAUCAACAAACCCAUCAUCACCAACAACAAACACAUUACAAUAAAACGAAUUAUAAUUCCGUUUACCAGUAA